ACUAAAACUCAUAGUUAGGCCUUUUGCUCUUUUGACAUUCUCCUUCUCCCUCAUGCUUGCAUCAUGAAGAUCAUUGCAGAGCUACUGUUAUUUGUUGUUGUUUCUUUUCUGCUCAACAGUGGAAAUGGAAUUCAAGCAUUCUCCACACAUAGCAUCAAUUCUAGAGCAACUGCAAAGCAACCUUAUAGAACUUCUUAUCACUUUCAGCCCCAAGAAAAUUGGAUGAACGAUCCCAAUGGGCCUAUGUACUACAAAGGUGUUUACCACCUUUUCUAUCAGCAUAACCCUGAAGCAGCAACCUUUGGUGAUAGGAUUGUGUGGGGUCACUCAGUAUCCUAUGAUCUCAUCAAUUGGAUUCAUCUGAAUAAUGCUAUUGAACCAAGUGGACCAUAUGAUAUUAAUAGCUGUUGGUCAGGCUCAGCCACUAUAAUCCCUGGGAAAGAAGAGCCUAUGAUUUUGUACACGGGAAUUGAUGAUAAGAAACAUCAAGUUCAGAACUUAGCUGUGCCGAGGAAUCUAUCUGACACCUUCUUAAGGGAAUGGAUAAAACACUCUCAGAACCCUGUGAUGACUCCACCAAGUGGAGUUGAAGUUGAUAAUUUCAGAGACCCUUCAACUGCUUGGCAGGGAAAGGAUGGGAAAUGGAGGGUAGUAGUUGGUGCCCAAAAUGGUGAUGAAGGGAAGGCAAUUCUCUACCAAAGUAAGGAUUUUGUUAAUUGGAAAGUGGAUCCUAAUCCCUUUUAUGCAUCACAAAAUACUGGGGUUUGUGAGUGUCCAGACUUUUUUCCUGUGUACAUCAAUGGCAGCACAGAUGGGGUGGAAACUUCUGCGCAAAAUCCAAGUGUCAGACAUGUCUUGAAGAUAAGCUACCUACGCAAGCAGCAUGAUUACUAUUUUCUUGGUAACUAUGCAUCUGAUCAGGGAAACUUCAUUCCUGAUGUCAGGUUUACAGGGACUAGUUCAGACUUGAGGUAUGACUAUGGUAAAUUCUAUGCUUCCAAGUCAUUUUUUGAAAAUGCCAAAAACAGGAGAAUAUUAUGGGGAUGGGUGAACGAAUCUGACUCCACACAAGAUGAUAUUCAGAAAGGAUGGGCUGGUCUACAGACAAUUCCAAGGCAAGUUUGGCUUGAUAAAAGUGGGAAGCGAUUGGUUCAAUGGCCACUUGAAGAGGUAGAACAACUACGUGGCAAGCACAUCAGAAUAACGAGGGAGAACCUUGAGCAUGGAUCAAAUCUUGAAGUCUCGGGUAUCACUGCAUCACAGGCCGAUGUAGAAGUGUUGUUUGAGCUACCUGAGCUAGAAAAGGCUGAGUUUCUUGAUCCAAACGGAGUUGAUCCCCAACUACUUUGUAGCCAAGAAUAUGCAGCAAGAAGUGGCACAAUAGGGCCAUUUGGGUUGUUAGCUUUGGCUUCAAAGGAUCUCAAAGAGCACACCGCAGUCUUCUUCAGAAUUUAUAGAGCAUCCAAUGGAUAUGUAUGCCUCAUGUGCAGUGACCAAAGCAGGUCCUCAUUGAGGCAUGACCUUGACAAAACUACAUAUGGAAGUAUCUUAGACAUAGAUCCCAAUCUAAAAACGAUUUCACUAAGAAGCUUGAUUGACCACUCCAUUGUUGAGAGUUUUGGAGAUGGAGGGAGAGUUUGUAUCACUAGCAGAGUUUAUCCAUCAUUGGCUAUAGACAAAGAUGCUCAUCUUUAUGUAUUUAACUAUGGAAGCCAGAGUUUGGUGGUUUCAGAACUGAACGCUUGGAGCAUGAAACAAGCAGAGAUUGGAUAUGAGGGAAACAUAAGCUAUACCUGAGAAGGGUUAGAAGAUUUUUGACAGUGUCGGAUGUGUCUUAACGUUGUUUUCCCUCUAUGAUUGUCAUAUUUAGGAUAUAACUCUGUUGUCUAUUGUAAUAUGUAUAAUGAAUUGAACCAAUAAACAAACGACAAAACAUUCAUAAA